UUGAUAAAAAAUAUCUUUUCCAGAGUAGAAAAGAAGAAGAAGGAAAAGGAAAAAGAAGUGGAAGGAAAGGUUGAAAUCCAUGUAGGUAAAGUUGGUGAAAAAGAAAAGGAUUUGUCAAUCUAUAGCAUGGAUAUAGCACAAUUGAAGAAGGAUGAACAAGCGAGGACGGAGAAACAAAAUCCAUUUCAGAAAGUAGUGGAAAGGAAGAAGAAGGAAAAGGAAAAAGAAGUGGAAGGAAAGGUUGAAAUCCAUGUAGGUAAAGUUGGUGAGAAAGAAAAGGAUUUGUCAAUCUAUAGCAUGGAUAUAGCACAAUUGAAGAAGGAUGAACAAGCGAGGACGGAGAGUGAAAAGCAAAAGAAUGCGAAUAAGAAGAAGUCGGACAAAGAGAAGGAAAAUAAGGAGAAGCCAAGAGAGACGGGAAGGGCAAUGAAGGAAAAGGAAGGUCAAGAAAGAGCAGCACUCGAUGCUGUUACAUCAGCAAAGAAGCGGAGUUGA